AUGACUGCAUUCAUUAAAAACGUGCAAGACAAUCGAGCUGUGGAAUCUUGUCCUAACCUCGCAAACCAAAUACAAAUGUGCGCAACCAUACAACUAGCUGAAACGGUGUUACAACAGAUGGCACACAACUCGCAUGAGUUACAGAAUGGUAAAAUGGUUUCACCAAUGUCACCAAGCUAUUCGCCGGUCAGCAAUAUAUUCAGCAUGCAUGACGAUUCAAUUACAUACGCUACACUCGGACCGUUACAGCUGAUUGAUCAUAUUGACGGACCAACGUCACCCGAUCAAAAUUAUAGUCAACAUCAGUCUUUCGAUGUAAACGAUGGGCCAGAUUACUUCAACCCAUUCAGGACCAUUUCACCACCAACUUACACCGAACAUCCGGCACCAUCGCACAAACGAUCUCUUUCAACAUUCACUGAGCAUCCAGCACCGGCAUGUGAUGUUAAGCGGUGA